AUGGUAGACAAGCCGUCCCCCACGCUCUACCUCAGCGAGCGGGUGUUCUACCUCCAAUUGGCGAUAUGCUCGGUGAUCGGCUUGCUGCUGUUCCUCCUUUUCUGUUUUCUCCGGCGGCGCUGGCCCCACAUCUACGCGGUACGCGUCCUCCGCAACGAUGGUGACCACCGGCCCCUCCCUAAGCUCCCACCAACUCUAUUCGGCUGGGUGAGCAAAGUGUUGAGAAUUACCGACGAAGAGGUGUUGGGAUGUCUGGGGCUUGAUGCCUACGUGUUUCUCACGUACUUCAGAAUGGCGAUCGCCAUCUUUGCCACGAUCGGCGUGUUUGCCGUGGCGGUGCUAGCUCCGCUACGAUACUACUAUGGAGGCCUGGAUAUGGUUGAAGACCCUGAACACAAAAAGGGCCACAAUUCUCAGCUUCUGCCCUGGCUUAGCAAGUUGGUAUACCCCGUGGCCACAUACUUGUUCAGUGGCAUUGUCUAUUUUUACUUGUACCACUACACCCAGCGAGUGCUCCGUACCCGGCAAAAGUAUCUUGCGAGCCAGGAUUCGAUUACUGACCGUACCAUUCGUAUUGACAAUGUACCACUGCGGUUUCUCCGAUCGCCCACAACAUUAACCAAGUUUAUUGGGGAUUUAGGGAUUGGUAAGGUUACCGAUGUGAAAUUCAUCUACGACUGGACGCCUAUGGAACGGCUUUUCGAUCGCAGAAAGGAGUACCUUCGCAAGUUGGAAGACAGCUAUGCCACCCACUACGAAUUGAGUAUCGAUAUCUAUAACACCCGCACUCCCAUGGUGGUGCCCAAGGUGUUAAUUGACCCAGGUUUGGUCAACCACGUUGAUCGUAAAGACGAAUUCCAUCAGGAGAUCCGUCUGCUUGCAAGCGAGCUUGAUCACGUAAACGCCCAAAUCCGCGAUAUUCAACACAAUGGAUACAAUCUGCAGACGCUGAUGAUGGUGGGUAAUGUCCCUCCCUUCCGUCAAAUUCGUCUGGCAUUUGUCACCAUGGAUCUGGUGGCGCUGGCACAAAUGGCGGCGCAAACGGUACUUGACCCUCGUGUGUACACGCUUCUGGUGAACCUUGCUCCUGCUCCCAUGGACAUCUUGUGGGGAAACUACAGAUACCUGUGGAAAGAGCGAAUCGUGCGCGGCUAUUUGGUGACCUUCGUCAUUGUCUUAUCGUAUCUGGUGAUUUCGUUUUUGGCCUCGCAGUUAGCGGUGCUUCUUAGUGAAACUAAGAUUGAUAAGCAAUGGCCGUGGUUGGGACGCAUUUUGGAUGACCAUGACUGGCUUAAGCUUGUUGUCACCGGUAUCUUACCGCCCUUUUUAUUUCUGAUGCUCAAUUUGCUGAUGCUCUAUUUUUACCGGUAUCUUACUCAAAAACAGGGCUAUCUUCUGAACCUGGAUGUUGAACUUAGUACAUUGCUGAAAAACUUCUUCUAUGUGUUCUUUAUUUGGUUUUUGGUGUUUGUCGCAAGUAACACCAUCACUGACUAUUUGAAUUACAUCAAAGACACCACAAAGAUUGCUCAAGAACUUGCCAAAUCUUUGCGAGGGUUUGCUGGGUUUUACGUCAAUUUGAUCUUGCUUCAAGGGCUUGCCCAGUUUCCCGUAAAAUUGCUUCAAAUUGGCGAUUUCGUCAUCCUCAACGUCCUUGCACGUUUGUUUUUGUUCAAAGACUACUUGCUUAAGACUCCCCGGGAUUAUCGUGCCUACUACUACACCCCGCAAGUGUUUGACUUUGGCAUCAACAUGCCGCAGCACUUGUUUAUCUUCAUUGUCAUUUUGAUCUACCUGGUGGUGUCGACAAAGAUUGUUACUCUGGGGUUGUUAUACUUCGGUCUUGGCUACUUGGUGUACAAGUACCAGUUAAUCUAUAACUUCGUUCACCCGCCUCACUCGACGGGUAAAGUGUGGGUGAUGAUUUUCCGGCGGAUUGUGUUGGCGUUAGUGAUCUUCCAAUUGUUCAUGUGCGGGACGUUGGCGUUAUCCAAUGCUUACUGGGCACUGGUGGUGUGUGUGCCAUUAGUGUUUGGUUCGUUGUUUGUUCUCUGGAACUUUGAGCGGUACUACACCCCCUUGGUGGACUUUAUUGCCCUCCGAGCCAUUUUACUGCCAUUUGACUACGACUCUCAAUUUGCCAGCGACGAUGAGGAACGCCCCUUGGAUGUGUGCCUGGAGCUCGAAGACAACGAGGAGGCAAUUGAAAGCACCAGCCGGGCGCCGCUGGUGGCACCCCCGCGCCGCCGUCGCCUGACGAUUGAAGAAGAACGCGAGCAAAACACUGACUACACCUACCCACGGUUGGUGGACCCCUUGGAUGGCCCAUGGGUAGGGUUUGAAGGUGAUUACAUUUCCAUGGUGGAGUAUCACUUGCCACUGGCGGGCGAGCUUGAUGAUCCCGACCUUCUGAUCAUCCUGACCACCGAGUCGGAGAUGAUCAUCAAAAAGCGUUUACGGGUACCCGAAUGGGAAUGA